AUGUCGGCAAAGCCUAUCCGCGAGUACGACGCCAAGUUGCUCCUCGCCUACCACCUCGCCCGCGCACCGACCGCCGGCUCCAAGGCAGUCGCACGGGACGGCUUCCAGUCCCCCGAAGUCAAGGUUGCGCAGGUCUCGUGGGACCCCGAGACCAACCAGGUCACGCCUGAUGCGGCGCUGCCUCACUGGGUCUUCACCGAGAAGCUCGUCGUCAAGCCCGACCAGCUCAUCAAGCGUCGUGGAAAGGCCGGUCUCCUCGCACUGAACAAGACGUGGGCCGAGGGCAAGCAGUGGAUCGCUGAGCGCGCGGGCAAGCAAGUUCAGGUCGAGAAGACGACGGGCACGCUCAACAACUUCAUCGUCGAGCCGUUCUGCCCUCACCCUUCGGACGCCGAGUACUACAUCUGCAUCAACUCGGUCCGCGAGGGCGACGUGAUCCUGUUCACCCACGAGGGCGGUGUCGACGUCGGCGAUGUCGACGCCAAGGCGCUCACGCUCCUCGUCCCCGUCGGCGGCGAGCUCCCCUCGCGCGACGAGAUCCGCUCGCAGCUCCUCAAGCACGUCACCGGCGCCGAACGCCAGGAGGCCCUCAUCGACUACAUCAUCCGCCUCUACUCGGUCUACGUCGACCUCCACUUUGCCUACCUCGAGAUCAACCCGCUCGUCGCCGUCGAGAACCCCUCGACCGGCAAGACCGACAUCUUCUACCUCGACAUGGCCGCCAAGCUCGACCAGACGGCCGAGUACGUCGUCGGUCCCAAGUGGGCCAUCGCGCGCGACCCCUCCAUCAUCAACCCCGCCGCCGCGCCCAUGUCGAACGGCAAGAUCUCGGCCGACAAGGGCCCGCCCAUGUUCUGGCCCCCUCCCUUUGGUCGUGACCUCACGAAGGAGGAGGCCUACAUCGCCAAGCUCGACGGCUCGACCGGCGCCUCGCUCAAGCUCACCGUCUUGAACGCUGAGGGACGCAUCUGGACCAUGGUUGCCGGUGGUGGUGCUUCGGUCGUCUACUCGGACGCCAUCGCCGCGCACGGAUUCGCUCACGAGCUCGCCAACUACGGCGAAUACUCGGGCGCGCCCACCCAGACCCAGACCUACGAGUACGCCAAGACCAUCCUCGACUUGAUGACCCGCGGCACGCCCAACCCGCAGGGCAAGCUCCUCUUCAUCGGCGGCGGUAUCGCCAACUUCACCAACGUCGCCGCGACCUUCAAGGGCAUCAUCACGGCGCUCAAGGAGUACCAGCACCGUCUUCAGGAGCACAAGGUCCGCAUCUUUGUUCGCCGCGGCGGCCCCAACUACCAGGAGGGCCUCAAGGCCAUGCGCCUCCUCGGCGAGACCCUCGGCGUCGAGAUCCAGGUCUUUGGCCCCGAGACCCACAUCACCUCGAUCGUCCCGCUCGGACUCGGCUUGAUCAAGUCGGUCGACGACGCUCUCAAGGUCCCCGGCGCCCGCGCCGCCGCCGAUGCGACCGGCACCCUCACCCCCGUCCCGGGCUCGCCCAAGUCGCGCGCCGCCCAGCUCCCGACCGGCGCGUCGACGCCCUCGCGCCAGCAGCCCCAGGACAACAUCGUCAGCUUCUCGGACAAGGUCCACGCGCCCGACUCGGGUCGCCCGUGGUACCGCCCCUUUGACGAGACGACGCGCUCGAUCGUGUACGGCCUCCAGCCUCGCGCGAUCCAGGGCAUGCUCGACUUUGACUUUGCCUGCGGACGCGAGACGCCCUCGGUCGCGGCCAUGGUCUACCCCUUCGGCGGCCACCACGUCCAGAAGUUCUACUGGGGAACCAAGGAGACCCUCCUCCCCGUCUUCACCUCGAUGAAGGAGGCCGUCGCCAAGUGCCCCGACGCCGACGUCGUCGUCAACUUUGCGUCGUCGCGCUCGGUCUACCAGUCGACCCUCGAGGCGCUCGAGUUCCCCCAGAUCAAGGCCAUCGCCCUCAUCGCCGAGGGUGUCCCCGAGCGCCACGCUCGCGAGAUCCUCCACCUCGCCAAGAAGAAGGAGGUCAUCAUCAUCGGUCCCGCGACCGUCGGCGGCAUCAAGCCCGGCUGCUUCCGUAUCGGCAACACGGGCGGCAUGAACGAGAACAUCCUCUCGUCCAAGCUGUACCGCGCCGGUUCCGUCGGCUACGUCUCCAAGUCCGGAGGCAUGUCGAACGAGCUCAACAACAUCCUCUCGCUCACGACCGACGGCGCGUACGAGGGCAUCGCCAUCGGCGGUGACCGCUACCCGGGCACCACCUUCAUCGACCACCUCCUCCGCUACGAGGCCGACCCGAACUGCAAGAUGCUCGUCCUCCUCGGAGAGGUCGGUGGCGUCGAGGAGUACCGCGUCAUCGAGGCCGUCAAGUCGGGCCAGAUCAAGAAGCCCAUCGUCGCGUGGGCCAUCGGCACCUGCGCCAAGAUGUUCGCCACCGACGUCCAGUUCGGCCACGCCGGCUCGAUGGCCAACUCGGACCUCGAGACGGCCGAGGCCAAGAACAACGCCAUGCGCGCCGCCGGCUUCAUCGUGCCCCCGACGUUCGAGGAGCUCCCGCAGGUCCUCGCCGAGACCUACCAGAAGCUCGUCGGCGACGGCACGAUCCAGCCCAAGCCCGAGGUUCCCCCUCCUCAGAUCCCGAUGGACUACAACUGGGCCCAGACGCUCGGCAUGGUCCGCAAGCCCGCCGCCUUCAUCUCGACCAUCUCGGACGAGCGCGGCCAGGAGCUCCUCUACGCCGGCAUGCCCAUCUCCAAGGUCUUUGAGGAGGACAUCGGCAUCGGCGGUGUCGUCUCGCUCCUCUGGUUCAAGCGUCGCCUCCCCGCCUACGCGACCAAGUUCCUCGAGAUGGUCCUCAUGCUCACGGCCGACCACGGACCCGCCGUCUCGGGCGCCAUGACCACCGUCAUCACCACCCGUGCCGGCAAGGACCUCGUCUCGUCGCUCGUCGCCGGUCUCCUCACCAUCGGCGACCGCUUCGGUGGCGCGCUCGACGGCGCCGCGCAGGAGUUUACGCGCGCGUUCGAGGCUGGCCUCACGCCCCGCGAGUUUGUCGACUCGAUGCGCAAGGCCAACAAGCUCAUCCCCGGUAUCGGACACAAGGUCAAGUCCAAGGCCAACCCGGACAAGCGUGUCGAGCUCGUCAAGAACUACGUCUUCAAGCACUUCCCGUCUGCCAAGCUCCUCGAGUACGCUCUCGCCGUCGAGGACGUCACGAGCGCCAAGAAGGACACGCUCAUCCUCAACCAAUCGCGGUUUCUUUCCUCCGGCGCGUUCACCGCCGAGGAGGCUGCCGAGUACAUGAAGAUCGGCACCUUGAACGGCUUGUUCGUUCUCGGACGCUCCAUCGGCUUCAUUGCCCACCACCUCGACCAGAAGCGCCUCAAGCAGCCGCUCUACCGUCACCCGGCCGACGACAUCUUCAUCCAGCCCUUCAACACCGACCGCAUCCUCGUCCAGCAGCGCCAGUAG